UGCCAUCUCAAAUGUUAAUGAAACUAGUGUCUUUCUGGAAUGGAUUCCUCCUGCUGACACUGGUGGAAGGAAAGAUGUGUCAUAUUAUAUUGCAUGCAAGAAGUGCAACUCCCAUGCAGGUGUGUGUGAUGAGUGUGGAGGUCAUGUCAGGUACCUCCCCCGGCAAAUCGGCCUGAAAAACACCUCUGUCAUGAUGGUGGAUCUGCUCGCUCACACAAACUAUACCUUUGAGAUUGAGGCAGUGAAUGGAGUGUCCGACUUGAGCCCAGGAGCCCGGCAGUAUGUGUCGGUAAAUGUAACCACAAAUCAAGCAGCCCCCUCUCCAGUCACCAAUGUGAAAAAGGGGAAGAUUGCAAAAAACAGCAUCUCUUUGUCUUGGCAAGAACCGGAUCGCCCCAAUGGAAUCAUCCUGGAAUAUGAAAUAAAAUAUUUUGAAAAGGACCAAGAGACCAGCUAUACAAUUAUCAAAUCUAAAGAGACAUCUGUAACUGCAGAGGGCUUGAAACCAGCUUCAGUAUAUGUCUUCCAAAUUCGAGCACGCACAGCAGCAGGCUAUGGCAUCUUCAGUCGAAGAUUUGAGUUUGAAACCAUCCCAGUGUCAGUUGCAGCAUCCAGCGAUCAAAGCCAGAUUCCUAUAAUUGCUGUGUCUGUGACAGUGGGAGUCAUUUUGUUGGCAGUAGUUAUCGGCUUCCUCCUCAGUGGAAGGCGGUGUGGUUACAGCAAAGCAAAACAAGACCCAGAGGAGGAAAAGAUGCAUUUUCAUAAUGGGCACAUUAAACUUCCAGGAGUAAGAACUUAUAUUGAUCCACAUACCUAUGAGGAUCCCAACCAAGCUGUCCAUGAAUUUGCCAAGGAGAUAGAAGCUUCAUGCAUCACCAUUGAAAGAGUUAUUGGAGCAGGUGAAUUUGGUGAAGUUUGUAGUGGACGUUUGAAACUUCCAGGAAAAAGGGAAUUACCUGUGGCGAUCAAAACCCUUAAAGUAGGCUAUACUGAAAAGCAACGUAGAGAUUUCCUGGGUGAAGCAAGUAUCAUGGGGCAGUUCGAUCAUCCUAACAUCAUUCAUUUAGAAGGUGUUGUGACCAAAAGUAAACCAGUGAUGAUAGUGACAGAGUAUAUGGAAAAUGGCUCUUUAGAUACAUUUUUAAAGAAAAAUGAUGGACAAUUCACUGUUAUUCAGCUUGUUGGCAUGCUGAGAGGCAUUGCUGCAGGAAUGAAGUACCUCUCUGACAUGGGUUAUGUGCAUAGAGACCUUGCUGCCAGAAACAUCUUAAUCAACAGUAACCUUGUGUGCAAAGUGUCUGACUUUGGACUUUCCAGGGUACUGGAAGACGAUCCUGAGGCAGCCUACACCACAAGGGGAGGCAAAAUUCCAAUCAGGUGGACUGCCCCAGAAGCUAUAGCUUUCCGAAAGUUUACCUCUGCCAGUGAUGUCUGGAGCUAUGGAAUCGUGAUGUGGGAGGUUGUGUCUUAUGGAGAGAGACCCUACUGGGAGAUGACCAAUCAAGAUGUAAGUAUGGAACUAUUCCCUGUCAAGUUUGUUUCCAGCAUCUGGAGGCAAUCGGAGAUUUUAAAGAUUGUGAUGCUGGUUGUUACUGCAAGAGUGAUUAAAGCAGUAGAGGAAGGCUACCGUCUGCCAAGCCCCAUGGACUGUCCUGCUGCUCUCUACCAAUUAAUGUUGGAUUGCUGGCAGAAAGACCGAAAUAGCAGGCCCAAGUUUGAUGAAAUCGUCAACAUGUUGGACAAACUGAUACGUAACCCAAGUAGCUUGAAGACGCUGGUUAAUGCAUCGAGCAGAGUAUCUAAUUUAUUGGCAGAACACAGCUCACUGGGAUCUGGGGCCUACAGAUCAGUAGGUGAAUGGCUAGAAGCAAUCAAAAUGGGCCGGUAUACAGAGAUUUUCAUGGAAAAUGGAUACAGUUCAAUGGACGCUGUCGCUCAGGGAUUUGAGACGGCUUGGAGUGACUCUUGUCGGUCACCAGAAGAAGAUCAUGAACAGCCUUCAAGAAAUGAAGGUGCAGCUGGUAAACGGGAUGGUGCCAUUGUAACUUCAUUUUAA